AUGAAAUGGCGAAAAGACAUACAAUGCUUAAGGGCUUUUGCAGUGAUAAAUCUGCUUUUAUUUCUUACAAACAGCAAAAUCUUCCCGAAUGGAUUUACUGGAACUUAUAUGUUUUUUGUUAUUUCUGGUUAUCUCGCAAGAAUAAAGUUGGAUCGCUCAUUUGAUAUUCAAACUUUUAAAAAUUAUUCUAUAAGGAGACUGAAGCGUAUACUUCCAGCGUAUUAUUUUACAGCAUUGUUAAUAAUAAUUUUUACUUGGUUACAUUCAAACAAAUCAGCUAAUAAAUUAUCUGCCAAAACUUUGAAAGCAUUUAUAUCUAUCAUUGGUGGAAAUUCUGGAAUACAAUAUUAUUUCGAACAGGUGUUUUUUAAAUUAAGAAAGCGCCAUUUUCGUUCGAAUUAUAUUGGGGUCAAAGGCCAAGCAAUAUAA